GGCAAGGAACGUACAUAACACUAAACUCUGAUUCGUCUACAAUAUCUAGAAAUACGGGAAUAUUUUGGGCACUGUCGAGUAUAAGUAUGAUUUUAGGAAAUACAUUCGUGUCUUAUGCGCUUCGUGAUAAAUAUGAUUUCGAUGAAUCAACCAGACAAUAUAUCUAUACCGUACUCAUAUCUGUUAGUGUAUUUGGUACGCUGUUAUUCUUAUUUUUACUAUCUCCUGUGAGGCCAGACGGAACUGUGAACGAACGAGUAGAAACAAUAAGUUCUAUUCAAGAAAUCAAAAACAUCGUGUCGCUUUUUUUAAGCAAAGAAAUGUGCUUAUUAAAUGUAACAUUUUUUUUUACUGGUUUACAUUUGUCAUUCUAUGCUGGUGUCUAUAGUUCAAGUAUUGGAUUUACUAAAAGAAUGGGUCCCAAUAGUAAACAGCUUGUUGGAUUAUCUGGAAUAUUGAUCGGCGUUGGUGAAGUUUUAGGAGGUUUGAUAUUCAGUAUUUUCGGCCAAAAGACUUCWRACAACAACGCUAAUUYGAAAGGAUUAAAUCGUCCAGCAGUAAUUUUAUUGGGUUUUAUCGUAAAUAUCGUUGCAUACGGUUUGAUAUUUAUAAAUUUACCGAAUGACUCACCAUUUGGUGAUACAACUGCCAAAUCAUUUAUUGAACCCAAUCAGAACUUAGCAAUUUUCUGCAGUUUUCUUUUGGGUUUUGGUGACAGUUGCUUCAAUACUCAACUUUAUAUUUUAAUUGGACUCUGGUAUUCUGAAAAUAGUGCUCCACCCACGGCCUUGUUUAAUUUCAUGCAGUCAAUAGCAGCUGCUGUAAGUUUUUACUAUAGCAAUUAUUUUGGAAUAUAUGUCCAACUAAUAUUAUUGAUGGUCUCAUUAACUAUGGCUACUUUGUCGUUCUUCAAAUUGGAAGAAUCUACUGAUAAACGACGUUAUGAAGAAUUAUAAGAGUUAAAUGUUCGUUUAGUGAAAUUAUUUGACCAAUUGUAAAUUAAGUUAUUCGUGUGCUAUUCCUUUCUUUAUUCGUAAAGUAAUAUAUGAUUAAUAUAAUAUAUAUAAGCCUAGCAUGUAAUAAAAAUAAAAAUCUCAAAUUUGUCAUA